AUGUUCUCCAAGACCAUCAUCGCUGUUCUCUUCGCCUCCGUCGCUGUCUUCGCGGCCCCGGUUGAGACUUCCAACAAGGAGGUUGAGGGACGACAGAUCAACCAGAGCGUCACUCUUUGCAGUGACAAGGGCAUGGCUGACUGCGACACUGUCAACUUCAACUUUGGCUUCUGCGUCUCCCCCAUCGGAAGACUGAACGACAAGGUCAGCUCUCUCAAUGCCAACGGCUACAACUGCAUCUUCUACAAUGAUACUGGAUGCCGCAACGGUGGCGGUCAGAUCGCCACUACUGGUGAGGUCACCGACAUCCGCAGCCACCCCUCGUUCAGCACCAUGAACGACGAUGUCUCUUCCUUCUUGUGCAACAUCUAA